UUCUUCUUCUUCCACUUCUGUUGUGCCUUCUCUUCAGCCUGCCUGGCACCAAAUGCUGUUGCUACUGCUGCUGCCCAUGGCUUGGGCACCUUUGCUGGCACGUCUGCAGACCCUGGUCGAGGAUGACAGAUGCAACCAAACAAACUGGCAAAGAAAUAUAGAAGGAGGGUCUGAUGAGAAAGGACAUCUCCUGAAUGUCAGCGUGAGCAACCGUGGCCACUCUGACUCCCUUUUCCUGACCUGGAACACACUUUUGAAAGAUGUCCAAGGCUUCUCGUUGGCACUCUAUGCCUCAGAGAACAACACUGUACUGCAGAAUGGGUUGGCUACAUUCAAUGCUACCAGCUUCAACUUCCAUGGCUUGCUCCCCGGGAUGGAAUACAGCAUUGAAGUCAUUGCUCUGCUGACUUGUGCACAGAAUUCCAGUUGGAGAGUAACUGGGCAAACGGUUCCUUCACCUGCAAAGGAUGUGAUUCUGAGCACUCAGAGCAACCCUUCAGUGCUACUGGCCUCCUGGAGCGAAGCCCCUGGUGGGAAAGAUGGCUACCGGCUGGUUCUCUACCACAUGGAAUCACAGAUACCUGUCAGGAAUGUGACCCUUCCAAAAGGGGCCACAACUUUCCAGUUUGAGAGGCUUCUUGCUGGCAGCAAGUAUGCCCUGCGCAUCACUACGCUGGCAGGUCAUUCUGCGGCAAGCACCAGUACGCAGCAGUGGACAGCCCCUGUUGCCCCUACGGCACUGGCUUUACAGAGCAGGCGCUCCAACUCCAGCCUGACUGCCUCAUGGGCCAACACAGAGGGAGCAGAGUGGCUGCGUUUCACCCUUCAAAACCUCCACAUUCCUGCUGAAAGCAUCACUGUGACAACCAGGAAGGGUGUGGCCAGCUACACUUUCCAGCACCUGCAACCCGGUACUCCCUACUGCCUGAAGGUCAUUGCGUCAGCUGGGCAUUAUGAGGCUGAGGGCCCCAAUGUCACUGCUUAUACAUACCCUCUGAGCCCAACCAAUGUAAGCUUGGUCAACUAUGGCAGAAACAACACCUUGAGGGCAGCAUGGGAAUCCUCAGCUGGAGAAAGAGAAUUCUAUCUGGUGACUCUGCAGGAGGGAAAGAGCAACACAGCUCUCCGAAAUGUGACUGUGGGAGCAGACCGCACACAUGUCAUCUUCCACAGCCUGAGCUCCGGGACUCACUACACUGCUUGGGUGACUGCUGUUGCUGGGCCCCAUAGAGCACCCUCUCAAAGCGUCUCUGCCUGGACAUAUCCCAUCGCUCCGCCAGGUGGCAGCUUGUCUAGCCAGGGCAAUGCUCACAUGCUAAAUGCUCAGUGGCAAGAGGUGGUUGGGACUGGCUAUGUGGCAGCACUGUACACUACAGAACCACCCAUGCUGGUGCAAAACAACUCAUUGCCUAAGGGCCAGUCCACCCUACGUUAUGAGCAGUUAAGCCCAGGCACUCACUAUGCUUGGGUGAUUAGUGCUAUUGCUGGACCCUACAUCUCCAUGCCCCUUCGCCUUGUGAACUGGACAUAUCCUUUGCCUCCAGACCACCUGAGCCUCAUCAACAAAGGUCACAGCACAAGGUCACUACAUGCCUCUUGGCAGAACCCUCCUGGGGACAAAAGCCAUUACGGAGGAACCCUCUUGGAAACCGAAUCCCAGCUGGAGAUCCAAAAUGUUACCGUAGAAAAGGAUGCAACAAGGCUUGUCUUUGAAGGGCUGAUCCCUGGACGUCAGUACACCCUGCAGAUGGUAGGAGUGGCUGGCCCAUUCCGAUCUCUUGUUCAAACUGCCAGUGCCUGGACAUAUCCUUUGGCUCCUUCAGGAGUCAUGCUGACCAGUAGCAGGUGGUCCUCCAACCUUGUUGCCUCUUGGAGUCCACCUCCAGGAGGCAGAGACAAGUUCUUUCUGCACUUCUACAGCCAGCAGCCCUCACUGCUGAGGAACAUCACAAUUGGGCCCAGCAUGCAGAAUUUCACCUUUCAAGAGCUCCUCCCUGGUAGCCAGUACUUUUUGGAGGUGGUGGCAUUAGCAGGACCAUAUCAAGCCUCUUCACAGUUGGUCUCUGCAUGGACAUAUCCCCAAUCUCUUGCUAAUGUGAGUGUGAAAUGUGGCCAGAGUCCCCAGCAAUUGCUUGUGAGUUGGAUGGAAUCAGGUCAAGGACGAGAAUACUGGAUACAGCUCUACUCAGACGAAUCCUUGUCCAUUAUCCGGAACUUGUCAGUGCCACAUGGAACUACGCAGGUGAUCCUAGAUGGUCUAGUGCCAGGAACACGAUACCGUGUUGAGAUUGUCUCCAGGGCUGGACCUCACUACGUUUCCUCGCAAACAGCCAUUGGCUACACAGUGCCCUUGAUGCCUCUUUUCCUGCUGGUGACCAGCCAUGGUUCUUCAACAUUGUCUGUGCAGUGGAAGGCCCCUGCUGGGCAAAGGGACAGCUAUAUGGUCUCUGUCCUUGAAGAAGGCCCUGCAGCUACCAGAACUCACAUUCCCAUGGAAAAAGCCAACACUAAUAUCACUCUUGUGGGGUUGACACCAGGAACGUGCUACCUCAUUGCAGUGUGGUCUCUGGCUGGACCAUACAACUCAGCUUCCCAGAACAGCACAGGUUGCACAGCUCCUGCAGCACCUGUGAACCUGACCCUGAGGAACACUGGCAGCUCUUCUGUGCUGUACACAGCCUGGUCAGAGGCCCCAGGGGGCAAAGACUACUACCGGCUUAUCCUAUAUUACUUGGUGUCUCCAGGCACAGAGAGAGCUCAAGUUGUGGGUCCAGGUACCCAGGAUUUCAUCUGGACAGGUUUGCCAUCAGGCAGCCAAUUUGCUGUACAGGUUGUCACAGUGAAAGGCCAAACUGAGGCCCCCUCAUCCAUCACCACUGAGUGGACAUCUCCUCUACCAGCUACCUCUGUGCAAAUGUGGAAUGAGAGGCAGCCAGGCAGGUUGCAAGUAGCUUGGACACCAGCCUCCGGCAGACUGCACGGCUACGAGUUGAACUUGUACUGCUCAAGAUGUCGCACCACAGCAGCACAAGACUUCGUGGGCAGAGAUGCCACCAAUUUCACCUUCUCAGGGCUGACCCCGGGAACCCGAUACUGGUUUGAGAUCAGCUCCCUGUCAGGCCCCUACAGGGCUUCAGCAGGAAACAUCAGUGAUUGGACAAGUCCUCUGCCUCCUCACACGGUGAUUUUGUCGAACAAAGGGCAUUCUGAUCAACUGAGUGCUUCCUGGGAAUCUCCUGCAGGAGACCAGACAGGCUAUAGACUGACUUUAUACUAUGCUGAAUCAGGCACUGUGGCAGCCAAGAAAUAUAUACAAAAGGGGGUCACAAAUUUCACCUUCUUAGGCCUGCUCCCUGGAACUAAAUACUUGCUUGAAGUUUCUUCCUUGGCAGGGCCAUACCAGAUAUCAGCAAGGAAUGUCAGUGACUGGACAUACCCUUUGGUUCCUAGGAAGCUCUCCAUGGUGGUUGAGAAGAGCAACCCUUCACUCUCUGUGUCCUGGGUGAAACCUUUUAGCAAGCCAGAGCGCUGCCAGCUGCAGCUGUGGCAUCCCGGCAACAGCACCAUUCUACAGAAUCACACCUUGGCCCCAUGGCAGAUCCAGCACGUUUUCCAGGACUUGAUUCCAGGAAGGAAUUACUCUGUAUCUCUCAGCUGUAUUUCUGGGCCAUAUAAGAGCAGUUCUGAGACUGUGGUAAUGCCAAUAGAGCUCGCUGGGGUGAAGAACAUACAAUGUUUCCCUGAUGUCACCAGUUUUUUUCUGAACUGGACCAUCCCUGAAGGCGAUAUUAAGGCUUAUGAGCUAACAGUGGAGAUGUUUCCAAGAAGAGUCGUCCAUCAGCCUGUACUUCAUCUGGCUGUUUCCAGGGCUGAAGAAACUCUGGAAGACCUCACCCCAGACUCUUCAUAUCAAAUCCUCAUUAAUGCUGUUGGCAGGAAUGGUGUGAGAAGUCCAGCUGUGACAGCAAUCUGCAACACGUCUGUGGAAGUUCUUCCCCCUCCUGUGAGAGCAGAUAUCCCACAAUUUGAUGCCAGCUCCCGAAUCAUCAUCUCCCCCAAUAUGUUCAGUGAGGAGAAUGGACUCAUAGAAUAUUAUGGAGUUGUUGUCACCACCAAUGAAUCUUUGUUGAGACCUACCCAAGAUAUCAUCUUCCGCACAUGGUAUGACCACUAUUAUGGGCAAGAAGACUCUUAUUUAGCUGUGUUGGUGCCAAACCCCUUUCAUCUUAACGAGAGUACCAGUCCCAAGGCCUGGCCAGUGACACUGGGUUCAGAGGAAUGCAGCCACUUCCGAAAAACCUGCAAUGGAAAACUGAAGCCAGACACACAGUACAGGUUCAGUAUUGCUGCUUUCACCAGAUAUAGUCAGCGGUCUCCUAAAGUAUCAUUCACAGCCUUCUCGGCGGCAGAUGCCUCAGUGGACUCUGUUAUGUUAUCUGCUCCAAUUAUGGCUGGAAUCAUCAUGGGAUUCCUCCUGACAAUCACGGCAAUUGCUGGGUUGGUCUACAUGAAGCAUUUGAAGUCAAGGAGAAAGGAAAAGGGUAACAUGGCACAAGAAAUGGCUACAUACAGCUUGAGAAAUAUCCACCGGCCAAUCCCCAUACAAAGUUUCAGGCAGUAUUACGAUGCAAGGGCAGCAAACUCCAAUCAUGGAUUCUUUCAAGAUUUUGAGGAGCUGAAAGAAGUGGGGAAAGAGCAACCAAAAACAGAAGCUGAACUUCCUGACAACAUCUCCAAGAACCGAUACCCCCAUGUCCUGCCUUAUGAUUACACCCGUGUAAAGCUGAGCCUGCUGGAUGGGGAGCCCCACUCUGACUAUAUCAAUGCCAACUUUGUGCCAGGUUACAAUGUCCCACAGGAGUUCAUUGCUGCCCAGGCACCCUUGAAGAAAACACUGGAUGAUUUCUGGCGGCUGGUCUGGGAACAGAACAUCUGCACUAUUGUCAUGUUGACUGUGGGAAUGGAGAAUGGACGAGUGCUGUGUGAAUACUACUGGCCCUCAGACACUUCUCCUGUCUUUUCUGGACAGAUCACUAUCCACUUGCUUGCUCAAAAUUUUGCAGAUGAGUGGACCACACGGGAAUUCAGACUCCAGCAUGCAGGGCUCAAAGCAGAGAGGAGAGUGACUCACCUGCACUAUACAGCAUGGCCUGAUCAUGGUGUCCCUGAGUCCACAACCUCCAUCAUUGCCUUCAUAGAACUAGUGCGAGCACAUGUGCAGAAUGCAAAGGACUCUGGGCCUACACUGGUACACUGCAGUGCAGGAGUGGGCCGCACAGGCACUUUCAUUGCUCUUGACCGGCUCCUGCAGCAGCUGAAGCACGAUAAGGUGGUAGAUGUGUUCAACACCAUGUACAGUCUACGGAUGAGCCGUCACGUAAUGAUCCAGACUCUGGGGCAGUACAUUUUCCUGCAUAAUUGCAUCCUAGAGAAGAUCUCUGAAAACCCACUUAUCGGCCUGUCCGGAGUGGAUCUCUCCCAUCCAGUCCCUCUGAAGAGCUUUGUUCAGCAUCAUGCACGGAACAGUUACAAGGCCAACGCUGGCUUCCUGAGGGAAUACGAGCAGAUGCUCUUGGAGGCUGCAAAAGAGGAAGUCAGUUCUGUAGCACCACUUCCUGGCAACCAACAGAUCAGUUUCUGCUCCAGCAAGAUCCCUUGUGAUCAUGCUAAAGUGAAGUUCUCAGCACUGGAUCGGGAUCCCUUCUCAGACCUCUCACAUGUCUGGUUCAUCCCUGGCUGCAACUCAGCCAAGGAUUAUGUAGCUAUUGAGGGACCUGAUAAACUGGCCCUGGAGGAGUUCUGGGGGCUAGUCUGGGAACACGGAGUCCACACCAUCAUCACUCUAAUGUCUGGACAGAAAAGCAGCCCGGCUCCAGAUGACACCUGCUGGCCCUCUGAAGGGGAACCUGUCUGCACAGAGAUGUUGACCAUCCAACAAGGCCCUGAGAAGACUGUUUCAGGGUGGCCGUGUAUUCAGCUCCGAUUGAAAUAUGAAAAGAAGGCCAAGGAGAGAGUGCUGCAACACUUCCUUUUCCCUUUGUGGGAAGGAGAGGAACAACCAGCUCCCACAGUCCUGGUGGAUUUCCUCACCAUCAUCAGGCAACUCGUGCCACAUCGGAAGAGAAACAGCCCUUUGGUCCUUCACUGCAGUUCGGGAGGUGUGGCCCAGAUGGGCAUGCUGAUUGCCUUGGACACCUUGCUACAGCAGCUAAAAGGAGAGAAAAGUGUCGAUGUGUACGGGGUUGUCUUGAGGCUGGUGAGGAGCUGCUGCCUGAUGACUCCGACACUGGAUAAGUACAUGUAUCUAUAUGAAUGCAUUAGUGACACCAUCACCCAGAAACAAAUCUAGGUCUAUCACAGGACCUGGCCUCCACUCUCUGGGAGGCAAUGGGAGAAGCCUGGAAAUGAGCAAGAGCACAGCAGGACUGUGAGCAUGGACGGAACUCAGAUGUUCUCCUGCAGAGAUGGGCAGCUGCCCCAGCGGACCUGUUCGGAAACCAAGUGCAGGACGUGGAAUAAUGGGAGUCAAGCACAAGGAACCUGUGAUGUUCCUGCCUCCUGAGAUCAAGGAACUUAACAUGUGCAUUCAGCAAACAGCAGCACCCCAUGGCAAGAGCAAUGCACCUUUCAUAGAGGACACACAGCUGGCAAGAAAAAGCCAGCCUGCUAGUCCCUCUUCAGCAGUCUUGGAACCCUGGGCUCCCCAGCACUUAUGCAGGCAGAAUUAGUGGCCAGUCUGAUAAUGGAACCCAGAUGUCUGAUAAUUACCUAAACCUAAGAUAUACUACAUUCGGGACAAUCUGUGCAGUUCUGGAGGGUUUCAUGUAAAAUAUUGGACAUAGUCAGAGAAAGUACAAAAAAGUGACGAGUAAGCAGGGGCCUCUUCUUUGCAAAAGCACAAUCGAAAUAAGCAUUCUGUAUACAAAUGAUGGUUUUUCAAACCAUUACAUUGAUUAAAGAUGACUGUGAAGGAAAGACAAAGAUUUAUAAAAAAUUCUGUGUGAUGUGAAGAGAGAGAGAAAGAUUAAAACAAGGGGGAAAUGUUGAGUCAGAACCAAAAAUUUUCAGUAAUCUAAUGGAACUGGUAGGAAGCUGAGAGAGCUACAAGAAGUGCUUUUUCACAACCUACAAAUAGCCUAUGGAAUUCAGUGCUGGGUGGGCGUAUUCUGAUGAUGAUUUACAUAGAUUCUUAAAGUAUUAGAUAACUUCCUGAAAGUUAGGUCUGUUCAGAGAGGAAAUUAUAUAGAGCUGGCUGCUGGAUCCAAACAGAGGGGCCAUUUUGCCUUGCUUGUGACUUUCCCUAGAAUAUGUGGCUAUACUCUGUUUAGAAACAUAAAUUGUUGGUUUGAUCGAGUACCUUUUUAAUGACAGUUGCCUUGAUCCAUAUAACAUAUGCUGCUCCCACGAAAGAACUCUUCAGUGCCAGAGAAAAGUUUUAGGGCCAUAGUAAAUCACUGACAUCCCCUGUUUCUCCAUAACCCCUUCUUAGUCUUGAGGCCCAAGUCAUCUCCUGUGCUGCUCACUCUACAGCAGAGAACCAUGGGAAAUGUUGCCAUUUCCUGCCUGUGGGGCACCUUUAAGGCCCAGAGCUGGAUCUCGUUCAGAGCUAGACUCUGUAUCUAGGUCUCUUUUUCCUUCCAUUGAAGGACAGACAGGGUCUUCUCUUCCCAAACCAUUAUCUAGGAAGUUUGACACACACCCUCCCUUUACUUCUUUCUUUGGUCUAUUUGAGCCCAAUUCUUCCUUUAAUUUGGCUUACCUUCAAAUCAUUUGUUUAAUUACUGCAAUUUUAAAAAUGGGAGUGAGAGAAAGCGCAAAUAAAUGUGGUGUUAUAAUGGGAAUAAGUUAUUCCAGCUUCUCUGAAAGAGAGGGGGAAAGGGAGGAAGUAAUUUUGUUAUAAUAAAUUAUUCUUUAAAAUGAAA